AAAGAGAAGCAGUAAAAGGUCCUUUUAAAUACGGAACACUGACACACACAAACGACGCAUCUCUUUCUCUCUCUAUCGCCUUUGGUUUCUCUCUCCUCAUUCAUCCCAAAUCUCCUAGGGAUUCAUGAUCGGUGCGAUUCGAAGCUUGUAGAUCCGUGUCAAGGUUUCGUUUCCUGGAUUUUUUUUUUGAACAAAAGUUUUUUUGAAACAAAUUUUUUUUCUGCGAAAAGGAAACUGAGUUAUAAUUUGGUGGAAAUUGGAAGUGUCGUUUGCAGUUAUGGACAUUGAAUAGAGUUGGGUAGCCCGUGUGGUCUGUACUUUUUCUCGAAGCCGUGGUGGUGUGUUGUUGAGUUUUUGUUGAAUUCGAUAAAAUUUGAAGUGGAACGUUGAAAAAAAUGGAUCAUGAAAAGACCGAAUGUCAAGCUCCCCCCGAAGGUCCUAUAUUGUGCAUUAACAACUGUGGAUUUUUCGGAAGUGCAGCUACCAUGAACAUGUGUUCUAAGUGCCACAAAGACAUGAUGCUGAAACAGGAGCAGGCCCAGCUUGCAGCAUCAUCCCUUGGAAGUAUUAUGAAUGGGUCUACAAGUAAAACUGAUAAAGAACCUGUUGUUGCUGCUAACGUGGAUAUCCCUGCCAUUUCAGUGGAACCAAAAACUAUCUCCAAGCCAUUUUUAUUUGGCUCAACUUCAGAGGAGAGUGGUGAUGCAAAGCCAAAGGACGGUCCAAAGCGUUGCAGCAACUGCAAUAAACGAGUUGGUUUGACAGGGUUCAACUGUCGAUGUGGUAACCUUUUCUGUGCUGUGCAUCGCUACUCAGACAAGCAUGAUUGCCAGUUUGAUUAUCGCACUGCUGCACGAGAUGCCAUAGCUAAAGCAAACCCAGUUGUCAAGGCUGAGAAGCUUGACAAGAUCUAAGAAUUGGCACCUUGAAAAUUCGUAUCUUUUAGAUGAUGUUAUGCUCAAUUUCAUCAUGAUAUGACCCAAGUUUCCUGUGCAUUUUGUUGGUGUUAUUAUGUUGUUAUAUAAGUUGGGGGAUACUUGGUCAUAUGGGAAAUUUCUGGAAUUUGGGACUUAAUUGUGAUUGGCGAAAAUUUAUAUCUUGGCCCUAUUGUUUAAAGUUUUUAAA